AUGGAAGUUAAAGAAAAACAAGAUGACCAUGUGUUAAUUUUUGACACAACAAAUAGCAUAAAUCAUCUCACAGGAAACGAAUUCUAUUUUUUUUCUAACCAUGACGCAAAGGAACAUAAAAAAAAAUAUUCACAGAAUUCUCCACCCAAAGAAACAUAUCAAACCAAUAACGUCACAGACCUUUCUGUAAAUAUAAACAAAAAGAAUAACACUGUAGAAAAUUCUAAAAAAAAAAAUGAUAAAUAUGGCAAAAGGGAAAAAGAAAUAAUUAACAAAAAUAAGAAAGAUAAUCAAGAUAAAGAGACAAAAUUAUAUGUAUUAAAUGAAACAUGCAAUCUUAAUGUCCAUGAUUAUUUGUUUUCAAAAUGUAUGGAUAAAAAACGGACUUACGAAGAAAGAGAAAAAUUUGUUUUUGAGCAAGAAUAUGCCAAAGUUACUAAUAUAUAUGAUGUAGACGAAGUUUUGAAAAUUAUAAACAAUUUAAAUUCGAUCAGAAAAGAAAUUGAAACUGUAAUAUAUAAAAAAUUGGAAAAAAGAUAUAAAGAUUAUCUUAUAAACUCAGUUAAAAUCAGAGAGAUAGAAAAUCACAUAUCGAAUAUUAACGAUUUAGUUGUCGAUAAUAUGAAUGAAUUAAAAGUGAUACAAGAUAACAAAUAUAAAGAGAUCUUAAACAUAAUAGAAUUGGUUAAAAAAAAAAAAAAAAAUCAAAAAAUUAAUUCAGUUAUUUUAAUUAUUUAUAUUAUUUCUAUUUUUGAUAAGAUCAUUUUUAGAACCAUUUUAAAAAAAAAUUAUGAGUAUGCAUCUUUAGUAUAUCACGAGAUGUCUAAUUUAAUAAAUGAUAAUAUUAAAUUGUUAAAAAAUAUUAAUUGCAUACGUGUAUUAAAAGAAAAAAUGUCUUCAGAAUACCUAAAUAGAUUAAAACAAAAAAACCAAACAAACUUCAUUGAGUUUUUGUUUUCAAAUAAUUCUAAAAAAAACUUGGAAAUACAAAUACAAGUUUCAUUCAAAAUUUAUUACUUGAUUUAUAAAUCAAAAUCUUCAAAUUUUAUUGAGAAUUUAUUAGGUUAUGUAUAUCAGUGUUUUCGGAAAAUUUCAAAACAAGUUAUUCUAUCAUUUGUAAUUAUACAAAACAAAAAAAAUGCUUUUAAAACCAUCCUUUCACAAAAUGAAGAAGAAAAAAAAAGAACCAGAAACAGAGAUAUGGAAAAAAGAGAAAUAUCUAAUGAGGAACUAAAAGAAGAAAUUAUGUUUUUAAAUGACAAAUCCAUAAAAACAGCUGACAGUGAAUUAAAAAAUAUUCCUAUAUCGGAAAAUACUAACAAAAUAAUAUUAAUGGAAAGGGCAUCAAAAGAAGAUAUACAUAAAAUAAAUAAAAAUUCAAGUGAUACAGAAUUAAAAUAUAUUGAUGCCUUGAAAAAUAUGAAAACAUUUAAAAAUGUACAUAAUAACAACGAUACACAAAAUGCACGCACUGAUAAAUAUGAAAUAAACAAGCAAAGGAAAACACUACAUUCAUCAGAAACUAUUAGUACAAAUAAUGUAUUUGAAAACGAGAUAAAUCAAAAAGAAGAUGAAGAUAAUUUGUUGUUUAUUCCUUUAAAUGAAUUAGUUCAUAAAUUAAAUGAAAAAGAUAGAUAUAUCUCAAUGGUCAAAGUUUAUGAAAUCACAUUUGAUAUCCUUAACAAAUAUGAUUUUAUCAUAAUAUUUUUAUUAAGUUGCUACAAAAAUUAUGCAUCAAAAUUAAUAAAUAAUAAUGAAAGCGAUAAUAAAAUGAAUUUGGAUGAAAAUAAAGAAAAAGUUAUUCCUAUCAAUUAUGAAAAUCCUUCCACACAAAAUUCCAUUAAAAUAUAUCACGAUAUAAAUUCUAUAAAAUGUAAUGACCAUAAAUAUAAUAACUGCGAAAUGUUACACGAUAAGACAACGUAUGAUCAUAAAAUUCAGAAGGAAAAAACAGGACGAGACAAAAAAGAUAAUACUGAUGAUCUUCGUUUUAAUUUCUAUGAUAUAUUAAAUUUUCAUAAAAAUAAAAAACAUAAUUCAAUUUGUUCACAAUUUUCCAAAAAUAUAAAUUCGUAUAUUUCAACAUCAUACAUCAUGUUUAUGAAUAAUAAUGAUGAGUGUAACAAUAGAAAUAAUAACUACUCAUUUUUAGACAAAUAUUCAAAUAUAAAAGAUCAGAUAGAAAAUUAUCUAAUGGACAAAAUGACUAAAUAUGAAUACUGUGAAGAAUAUGCUAAUUUUUCUAGGAAAUGUGCAAAUAAAUUCAUAAAUUCAAAAAAAAAAUUUUUGAAAAAUAUAGAAAAAGUAAUAAAAACAAUUGUUGAAAAUAUACAAUUCGACAAUUUUGAUUUCAAUUAUGUACUAGGAUUUAUAGUUAUUACUAUUAUUUUUUGUAUUCAUUCUUUUCUUUUUGAAAAUGAUUGCUCAAAUAAAUGCAUAUACAAUUUGAGAAAAUAUGAAUUAAAUUCAACCCACCCAAAACAUCACGAACACACCAAAAAUCAUAAUUCUAACGAAGAAACAUGCGGAUUGAACGAUACAAAUACGAUUCUAAAUAAUAGUAUAACAAAUAAAAACGAAAAAGAGGAAAACAAAAACUUGAAAAACACAUUGAAAGAAUACUUUCUCAACGAAUUUCCACGUAUAAAUAUCUUUGAAAAGGAAAACAUAGAUAUUUUUUAUAGCAUGAUAGAAAGCAAUAUAAUCUUUAAAGAAAUAGAAAAAAAUAUUAAAAAUAAUUUUUCAAAAAUACUUUCCAUGAAUAUUCGAAAAUUAAACAAUGCUAUUAAUAAUGAUACCUGGGUAAGAAUACCAACUAUAAGAAAUCAGUCUAUUUUAAAGAAAAAAAAUAAAUUUUCUAGUGUCAUAUCAUUUUAUAAAAAAAUAUUUAAUAAUUUUUUAAAUAUUCCUUUUUCGGAAAACCCAUUAAUGAAUUUUAAUUUCGAAACAUUAGAAGAAGAUCUUUCCUCAUAUAACAUAUUAAACGAUCCCUUGGAAGGAGAAAUAAAUUACAUUAGUUAUUCAGAAAAUAAUAUUACUAAUCAAGUAUCUUUUGGAAAACCUUCUGACAACAUUACUCUAGAAAAACGGAACACAUAUCAACCUAGCGAUACGAACAUUUGGGAACAAACAAUCGAAAAGAAAAGUGAACAAAAUAAAGUCGAUAAUAAUGAAGAAGAAAAAAAAGAGAACCUACAUAAUUUAACAAAUGAUAAAAACAAAAUAUACAGUAUGAAAAAUUUUGAAAUUGUUAAUUUUGACAUAGUUUCAUCAUACUCUACAAAUAUGCUAAUAUCCGUACUUCAGAAAUACCUUGAACUUAAUGAAUUAUUACCCAGUUUAAAAGAUGAAAUUCAUAAUAAUAUUUUUAAAACAAUUGAUUUGUAUAUAUAUAUGUUAUGUUAUUACUUCAUGAAAAAGGAAACAAUUGAUGAACUCAUAGUCGAUCCGAAACACUGCAAUGAAAGAAUUGGAUUAAAUAGUAUAUAUUUUAUUAUAAAAAGACAAGAAAAAUAUAAAGAACUAUAUACCUUCUUAACUUAUUAUAAUGAUGAAAUUAAAAAUGAACAAAAUAUAUGCAACCUUAAAAAUCUUAAUAUAAAUAAAAGUAAUUUCCCCAAACCGCAAUGUAAUGUAGACAAUUUUAAUAGAAAUAACAUUGCAGAUAAUAAAAAAUAUCUUUUCCGUUUAAAUAAUUAUUCUAAAAUUUAUAGUUCUACUUCGACAUAUGCUAUUUCUGAAAAAAUUGUAUCUAUAGAAUCAUUAUAUUGUUUAAUAUCAAAAUUAAAAGAAGACAUAAUCAAAAUAUAUGUUUCAAUAAAUGAAGAAAAUAAUAAUUAUCAAAACAGUGUAAUUACAGAAAAAAAAGUAAAUGAUACCUGUGAUAACUAUGAACAUAUAAAGGAAGAAAAUUCAAAUUGCAAACCAAUUAGUAAAGAUAAAAAUAAUAUCUUCAUUUCAUUUUUAAAUGAUAAAUUAAAAAUUGUAGAGGAGCUACGAAUUUUAAUAUAUUGUGAUUCUUUGUUUGGAAUUAUCGACAGUAGUAACUAUAUAAAAGAAGUAUUAAAAAUAAUCAAUGAUAGUUACAAUAAUGAAAAAGAGAAAAAAAAAAAAACAAAUGAUGACUUAAAUUUAAAAAAUAAAAACUUUAAAAUGAAUUUAAACGAAUAUAUGAAUUUAUAUUUAAAUAUAUUAAAUGAUGGGAAAAGAAAAUUAAUGUUUUCUUGUGAAGGAGUUACAUCUAUUAUUAUUCAUUAUUUACUUUGGAAUUUAAUUAAUUAUAUAUUUAAUUUAAACAAUAUAGAAAUUAUAUAUAAUAUCAAAAAGGAAAUUAUUCCUAUAAUAAGCAGUUCUAAAAACAUUAAAAACCAAGCAAGCAAUAGUAAUUAUAAAUCCCAAGAAAAUAAUAAGUAUAUGUCUACAGCCAAAAAUGGAAAUACUCUAUUAUCACAUAAUAAUUAUUAUAAACGCAUAGUAGCACCUUUAAAUAACAAACAUGGGAAAACUGAAAUAUUCACAACACACAGUAACCAAUAUGAAGAUAAUUAUACACCAGAACUUUUCAUAAUAAAUACAUUAAAAUAUUUUUUUUCGACAAUAUCUAAUUCUAUAAUACAAAAUAUAAAAUACUUUGAAAAAGAAAUUGAAAAUUAUCUAAAUAAAAAUAAUAAUGCAACAAUACAAAAUACAAUAUAUAUGAAAUUUUAUAAUGAUUUAAAAAAUUCAGCCAAUAACUCGAGACACAAUUUUUAUUAUAUAUAUUUGUCUAAUGAAGUUAAAUAUUACGAUCAAUAUUUAGAUUUACAUUUUUAUAAUUUAGAAAAACUCGAUUACUUAAUAAAGAACUGCAAUCCAGAUUUUUUUCAAUAUAAGCAUAUACUUUCUAUCAUUAUGAAAUAUCAUCAUUUUAAGAUGAUCCCUGAUAAUUACGUUGCUAGUUAUGAAAUGGGUAUAAUCAAAUGCAUACAAAAUAAAAUUAAAUCAGUAAAUUCAUAA